AUGGCACCUACAGAGCCACCGUUGGGUGCGCUUGUUGAAGUUCCUCCUGGUCGAGGUGUCGUUCGGUUCUGCGGUGCAACCUCGUUCUCGCAAGGUAGAUGGGUAGGAAUUGAACUGUUCGAGGCCAAUGGCAAGAACGACGGGACAGUGCAAGGCGUUAGAUACUUCAACUGCAAGCCCAAUUACGGUGUCUUUGUGAGACCGAGCCAAGUGAAGGUCGUUUCUGCGGAUCCCGUGCCCUCCCCUGCACCUGCCGCCGGCCGCUCUGCGCUUGGGCAUCAUCGGACAGGGAGCACCGGCCUUGCUCGAAUCCCGUCCGCACGGGCGGUACCUCCCUCGCCUGGUCGUACGGUACCAUCGUCUCCUCGUGCCGCAAGUCCUGCAAAAACAUCUGUCGCCAAUGGCAGUUCUAUUGCAUCCCCACGCCCUAUGCGACUUGGCUCACCAACGAAACGAACGCCACCUCUCUCACUACAGUCCAGAAGCUCUCUCGCACGCCAGCCUUCUCUGGGCAUUGACCCAAGCUUAAGCCCGACCGUUGCACGACAGCGGAGCUUUGACUCGACCAGUCAAGAUGGACCCUCAAGGGCGUUUCCAAAAGCAUUAGGUCCCUCGCCAAUGUCUGCACCAGCAUUGUCUCCGCAAUCUCAAGCGCCAACGUCUUCCCUGCGCAGAGUUUCGUCUCCGGAACCGUUUUCGGAACCGCAACCGCAGCCGCCAGUCGUAGUCCAGGAGUCGUCGCGGCCGAGCACGCCAGUGCGCGUCCAGGAUGACCAGGAAGCGCAGGAGUUGCGCGCUAAGAUCCGUGUGCUUGAGGCGAAGCGUGCAGACGAUGCACGUCAUGUCCGCGAGCUCGAGACUCGACUAUCCGAGGCCGAGUCGUUCGUCGCACUGCGUCCAAAGCUACAAGCUAAGCUGAAUUCACAGCAGACAGAGCUUAUUGCAACGCGCCGCGAGCUUGCGGAUGCACAACAGCUUGCGCAACUAGCCGACGGCCGCAUCGUUGAUGCUCAGGAGCAGCUUGAGAUGGCGAUGCUGGACAAAGAGAUGGCCGAAGAGCGUGCCGAGAUUGCGGAAGCUGAACUGGAGGAGGUGAGGGAGAAGUUGGCAGUAGUGGAAGUUGAGCUACAAGUAUUAAAGGAAGGAGAAGGAGGAGAGGACAGUGCUGACAAUAACGUCAAGCAAUCACUCGCUUAUGUUCAACUUGAGAAGCAGAACGAACGCCUGAAGGAAGCACUCGUCCGCCUGCGUGAUGUUUCUCAAGAAACCGAGCAAGAACAGCGGAGACGUAUCGCUGAAAUGGAGAAAGACGUUACCAACGUUGACGACCUUCAGGGACAACUUGAAGAAGUUCUGUACAAGCUGACUAAUGCUGAAACGCAAGUCGAGGAACUUAAGAUACAGCUCGACGAUGCGCUCGGAGCAGAGGAAAUGCUUGUUCAGUUGACGGAACGUAAUCUUAUGCUUGGAGAGAAAAUUGAGGAAAUGCGUAUCACUAUCGAGGACCUUGAGGCGCUGAAGGAACUCAAUGAUGAGCUUGAAGAGAACCAUGUCGACACCGAGAAGGCCAUGCAGGAAGAUUUGAAUGCAAAGGAUGUGCAACUCCGCGAACAAGCGUCCAGGAUUGUGACUCUGGAAGAAGCGUGUCAAGAUCUCGAGAACACCAUUGUGCAGUUCAGAGAACUUGUGAUGCAACUUCAAAGCGAGUUGGAUGCCCUCCGGGCAGAGACACAGACGGCUCAGCAUGAAUCUGCUACUGCUGCUUCUCAAACAGCUGCAAUGAUGUCUCUGAACCUCAAACUUCAAUCGUCUGCUUCCAAGAACCAGGCUCGAUACAUCGAUCUGGAAGUCAAGAAGAUAGAAGCUCGAGAGGCUCGCGAGCUCUUGAACAUAAUUCAGCCUUACCUACCUCAGAUCUACGUAGAGUCCGAUACGGAUGCAACCAGCUGUUAUUUGUUCUUCCAGCGUCUUGCAUCUAAAGUCGACUUGAUCAACACAGUUGUAGCCCAAUCUCACAACCUGCCUGAGUCCCUUAACGGCCCGGUUUCCGACAUACUCGUCGGAGUAUGCGAGAUGAGAGGUCGUCUGUCGAGUCUUUCCACGACUUGCAAACGCUUCGCUGCUAUCCUGCGCAAGUGUGAUGUCGAGUCUUUCCUCAAUGUCGGGCGCAUAUAUCCUGAGGUGGCUCCUAUGGAGAAGCGCAUCGACAUGCACAUCGACCUCUUGCGCCGCGAGGAAUUCCGAGAGCUCGAAUGCGUCAGUGACGCCGCAAAGAUGCAAGCGCAGUUUGACCAUCUUGUGGAAACGUAUUUUAACGGCAUCGAGUUCGACCUCGGCGAGCGCGAGCUUGGAUUCGCUUUGUCGUUUGACCAUGAUCUUGAGAUGUUUGCUGCGUCCGUAGGUCUCAUCAAGACUUCCGUAGCUGCCAUCAUGAAGGACCAGGAUGUAGACAUAGAACUUGGAGAACUCGAUGCAGAAGCAGAAUUCUUCAAUCCUCUACAAGGGCUAUUGGAUCAAUGUAGAGGUGCCAAAGUGCUAUCUAAGAAACUAACCAAACGAGUGGAGGACCUAACCCAAGAAUCAUCCGCUCUGAAGGCUGACCUCGUACCGCAACUUCAGGCCUUAAACAAUGUUGUUCCGGAACUGGUCAACUUUGGUAUUUCGCUUGCGCAACAAGUGAUGCCCCAUCUCAGCGACGUUCGCAGCGCAAAAGCUCCUUUCCGAUUGUCUAGCGUGUUGUCUUUCGUCCAACAAACUGCUGCCUCGACUGUAGGCAAAGGCAGGAAGGAUGACGUUUCCUCGUGGGAGUCUGUGGCUGAAUUCCUCACGCAAGUGAUACAGGAAGCGAGCAAUAUUCUGCCUUUGUCGAUGGAGGCAGAGAAUACCAUCAAGAUCUCGGGUACGGCACCGUGGGUCAUCCGCAUCGACGACAUCAAGGCUGCCACUGCCAUUAACGUCGAGGCAGAGCGGAAGGUUGCGCAGCUCAAUGACGAGAUGCAAGCCCUUCUGCGAACUCUGAAAUCCAAGGAUCAGAAUAUUCAGGAAGCGGGCGUGAAGAUCGAACUCAUGGAACGCCGCAUGGAGGCCGUCAAGAAGCAAGCUGACGCUAUUGUGGAUCUUGAGAACGAGCUUGGAAAGGCUCGCAAACAAGAAAGGGCGUAUGAGGAGGCGAUGGAACAGCUCCAGGCAGACCUAGAUGCACUGGAACAAGAUAAUGCCAAGCUGAAGACUCUCGCGAACAAUCCCGAACGACAACCUUCAGGAACUCAACCCGCUGAACCCGAGAACGUUCCUGUUGAAGGUAGUCUUGAAACAUCCUAUCUGCUAGAACAAAUCGAUGCUCUGCGCGGGACUGUUCGUUUCCUCCGUACCGAGAAUUCGUAUCUCAAGGGACAGGACCUCCUCAAAGAGAUAGAGUCUUUGCCCCCUCUUCCCGAGUCUGUCAGCCGACAGUCAACGCCGCCUUUAAUUCCUUCAACCCAGUCCGAUUCUGAGGAUUCCGAUUCCGACGAUCCCCCUUCGCCGCCGACGCUGCGCGCGCUGUCCACAGAGUCGAAGCUUUUGUACCGCGAGGUCAUCAAAUACACAACGUCACCCCGCGUCGUAGAUUUGUCCGCUAUGCGGGCUAGACGGCAAGAGGCAGCCGAGAAGGGUACGAAGCCCUGGAUGCCGAGAAAGAAGACGCCAGCGUAUCAAGUUUGGGAGCGCAAGAUGGAAGGUGAACGGCUGGGGAGACGGCUGCAAGGCCUGUUGGAACGGACCAGCACUUUGGCGGCGCGAUGA